AUAUUUAAUGGCUAUAGCAUGACGCCAAGGUAUUUGCUAUCAUGUUCGCAAAAUCGUGGUGUUUAGCGCCCCCCUGUAGUACUUUUGUUUUCCUACUUUCCGUGACCCGGAAAUACAUUCCAGUCCACUCGGCUACACGUGCAAAGGGAUCCGCCAUGGGAAAGUCCAAACAAACGGGAAAUCACAACAGUGACAAAAAGAAGAGCAUCUCAAAGACAUGGAAGACUAAACGCAGGACUAAGGACUUGGACCAGAUCCACGCGGACAUGAAGCCCGAGACCGCCGCCAAGUUGCUGCAUCAGAAGGUCGACGUGGAUGUCACGGGGUGUGCUCAACACUACUGCUUACACUGCGCGAGAUACUUUGUGGACUUGAGAUCGAUGAAAGAGCACUUCAAGACUAAAGUGCACAAAAGACAGUUGAAAAAGCUCAGAGAGGAGCCCUACACACAGGCGGAGGCAGAACGAGCCGCGGGAAUGGGCUCCUACAUUCAACCCAAAAAAGUUGAAGUGAAGACACAGGAUGUGGAAGAGGACAUGGCAUGAGAGCUGCUUACUGAAUUUAUGGACCGAUCAGUUAAAUUACAGAAGCAUUUACAAAAUUGAUGAUGCUUAUAUUUUUUUCUUGCUGUGACAAGUGUUCAGUGCAUUUUACGUGUUGUUUUUUUUGACACACUGUCUUUUUAGCUAGUAGUAAGCUGGCUAUCAACAAAGCAGGAAAGUCCCAUUGCAAUCCGGCUAAUGUAAUGCAUCAUGUGUCUUUUAAAAAUAGUGUAAUACUAAUAAGCUGUAACAUCGAGUAGAUGGGCUGCAUUCAUGUCUCACUACAAAGUUUGAUUAAAGCAUUGUUUCAUCAGUUA